UGCCCGACAUCCUGCCGCGUUACUCCGAUUGGUGCCAACGCGCGUUAUCGUAGGGUUGGGGGAGGUGAGGCUGGGAAAUCCACCUUGCCCUAUGGCAGCCAGCAAGUUCCUAGCUGAGUUGAGCUGGGAGCAAUAAUAUAAUUUGCAUCCAUUAAGGGUGAGGUUCUAAGAAAAGUAAAUAACGAAGGCUGCUCUCACAUAAUUGGAUUGGUUGGCCUGGCAUAGCAAUAUAUCAGCCAAGGAAAAGAUCAGACAGAAGCAGCACCUGGAAAAUGUAUGCAUUGACUCCCCUAUUAGUACUGUCAUGAAAUAAGCUUCUCAGCUGCUACAGGAGCUCCCUGAGCACAAAGGGGAUGCAAACCAGACCGCAUCCGAUGCAUGUACUGAGUCAGGGUGAGCUUAUUCUGACCUGAGCUGGGAGCUGCUGGUCUGGAUUCUGCAUCUAGACAGAUCCCACCUGCUGCAGGUGGAGGCCACUGCAGGCCUAGCGAGGUGGCCUGGCCCUCGGGUGGCCAGCUGGUGUGCUCCAGAGCAGGAAUGGUGGGCCAAGGUCCCAUGUGGGCACAGCAGAGGCUGGGAUAGUGCUGAGCCAGCGCUCUGGCCUUUCAGGGAUCCACAGAGAGUCUAAGAAGCCUCGGGAUCUCUAGCUACACGAUUACCUCCGCCUUUUCCUCACAAAAACCUUUCUUGUAUUUCUUGCCACCUCCUUGAUCUUCUGAUCACCCUUUUCAAUCUUUUCACUUGCAUUUACUUGCCUCCCUUUUCAACCCCCCUUUCCCCGCUUCUAUCCCUUGCAAAAAUAUGCAAGAAAACUCUCCAUCAUCUUUCAGAUCCUUACACCUUGUCUUCCUUGCUUCCACCCUGAUGGCCCUCCACCCAGCAUUGUGUGAGUGUGGCGCUAGGAGGCCUUCCACCAAUGGCUACUCUUUGUGCCUCUUUUGCUUGGGGGGGACUUUGUGGGACAGGUGCCCCCACUGCUGGGCUCUCUCCUAGCAGGCCCAUGAAAACAUCUCAGGAGGGAGAUGUGGGCUGUGCCCCGGGCACCAUGAGAGACGGCCCUGCGUGUAUCGGGGUCCCCUUUCUGACCCCAGUUCCAUUAUUUAUUCAAACAUGUAUUUAUAAGGCAGGCACUUCAUUAUAGGGCAGGCGCUUCCACCGUCUAUCUCACUUCUUCAACUGGCUUUGGCUCUUCCAGGAAGUUCUUUCUGCUGCGCUUAACAUUUUUCUCUCUCUCUUUUUGAAGCAAAUCUAGUGCCUUGUUUUACAUGCCUGAUCUUUUCCUCGCAGGCUCCUCUUCCUGAUCUUUGUGUGGCAGGCUGCCUUAUGGGGUUCUGGAUUUCAGAUUCGGGGUGGGGGAUCAGUCUCCCACUGCAGUUUCAGAUUGCAAUGCAGCUGGUUGUGUUUACACACGGACUGGCUUGUGUAGACCUGCCCUUGCAGCUCCUAGAAGCCGCUGCACGGAAGCAAGGUGGGAGCAGACCGAAGCUCAGGCUUGCUUGCUUAUUUUCACUAACACGCCUCUCUGUGUCUCCAACAGAAAAUGAUCCACAGUCUGUUUCUUAUAAACUGUUCUGGCGACAUAUUCCUGGAGAAGCACUGGAAGAGCGUGGUCAGCCAGUCGGUGUGUGACUACUUCUUCGAAGCCCAGGAGAGAGCCGCCGAUGUCGAAAAUGUGCCUCCAGUCAUACCCACACCUCACCACUACCUCAUCAGCAUCUAUCGGGAUAAAAUAUUUUUCGUGUCUGUCAUACAGACAGAAGUGCCGCCGCUCUUUGUCAUUGAAUUCCUUCACCGCGUAGCAGACACGUUCCAGGAUUACUUUGGAGAAUGUUCCGAGACUGCAAUUAAGGACAAUGUCGUUAUUGUGUACGAGCUUCUGGAAGAAAUGCUGGACAAUGGCUUUCCACUGGCAACGGAAUCCAAUAUCUUAAAAGAACUCAUUAAACCCCCCACCAUUCUGCGCUCUGUUGUCAAUUCCAUUACAGGCAGUAGUAAUGUGGGAGAUACUCUGCCAACUGGACAGCUCUCAAACAUCCCAUGGAGAAGAGCUGGUGUGAAGUACACAAAUAAUGAAGCUUACUUUGAUGUGAUUGAGGAAAUCGAUGCCAUUAUAGACAAAUCAGGCUCUACAGUCUUUGCAGAAAUUCAAGGUGUUAUUGAUGCCUGCAUCAAGCUCUCGGGGAUGCCAGAUCUUUCACUGUCUUUUAUGAAUCCAAGACUACUAGACGACGUUAGUUUUCAUCCUUGCAUCCGAUUCAAGCGCUGGGAGUCAGAAAGAGUCCUGUCCUUCAUUCCUCCCGAUGGAAACUUCCGAUUGAUCUCAUACCGGGUCAGCUCACAAAACUUAGUGGCCAUUCCGGUAUACGUGAAGCACAGCAUCAGUUUCAAGGAGAAUUCCUCUUCUGGGCGAUUCGACGUUACCAUCGGGCCCAAGCAGAACAUGGGGAAGACGGUGGAAGGCGUGGUCAUGACAGUCCACAUGCCAAAAGCGGUGCUCAACAUGAACCUCACGGCCACUCAAGGCAAUUACACCUUCGAUCCUGUCACUAAGGUGUUGGCGUGGGAUGUCGGCAAGAUUACCCCUCAGAAGCUGCCCAGUCUGAAAGGGAUGGUGAAUUUGCAAUCGGGCGCUCCCAAGCCAGAGGAAAACCCCAGCCUGAAUGUUCAGUUCAAGAUCCAGCAGCUGGCUAUCUCAGGACUGAAGGUAAAUCGCCUUGACAUGUAUGGAGAAAAAUACAAGCCGUUUAAAGGUGUGAAGUAUGUUACAAAAGCAGGGAAAUUCCAGGUACGAACAUGAGAUGCAAGACCCCUUCCUGGCAGAGCAACAGCGGCUUCAUAAGUGUCUCUUUCCAUCUGAGGGGAAAAUGAGACGAGACGCAGGGCCUUUUCACUUAGGUGCAAAUUUCUCUAAUCCGAUUGAUUGAUUCCCACGAACUGCAGCCCUUCGGAUUAAACCAUCCCUUGAUAGGUCUUUCUAUAUAUGGCUUUCAAGUAAGAAUAACUUUCCGUAAGUGUUUCCUUUUUGUGGACCACUUUGUUCACAAAGUGUAAUUACAACCAGCGACUGUCUGUAGAAGCAGUUAGUGCCGCCGUGAGGCAGCCUCCGUACACCGAGUCUGGGCGAGCGGCUGCGAGGAGCACAGACCUGUCUGGCCAGCUCCGAAGCAAACAGAAGUCCUUGCAGCCUGUCCAAAAUGGGCACGCCAUGGUUUUGUGAGGCCCGUCGGGAAAAGCGGGGACCAGCUCCCCGCGAAAGGGGCCAUCGGCGGUCCCAAACCUGCUCUCUCUCCAACGUUCACAACACGCGGCCUUUUUAAGCCAACUGGUUUGCCUUGCCAUCUUCCGAAUUCAGCAGACAAUCUGUAGCCGAUCCUGUUUUCUACAACUCGCUUUACUUUGAAGGUGCAAAAUAUUUGGGGGCGAAACCUUCAUUUAACAUGUACCACACCUUUGAAGGUCUUUCCCUCCACUGCACUCCAUGCCAUGCCCACCUGAAGAGCAGCUUUCCACCGGUGGCAAGCUCUGUCGAAUGGUUUAAUUGCCUGUUUGUAAUAAAUAAAGGGAAACGCGGCCGCA